AUGGCAGACAAGAGGAAAACUAAAAAACGUAAAGAGGAGUUCGGAGAGCCGGCCGAGUCCGAGAAGCCGACCAGUGAAGAGUACGCUGUGGCUAAGUGGUUGAAAGCCAAUGUGCCCACAAAGAAGACCAAGUUUUUGAAUCAUCAUGUCGAAUAUUUCACUGGUACAAAAGCAGUGGACGCACUUUUAACGUCCAAAUGGGCCACGGGGAAGAACCCGAUUUUCACAACCCGUCUCGAAGUCACCGACUAUUUACAUUUAAUGCUGCUUCACAAAUUGUUCCAUAGAGCUAAAAAGGUUCCCGUAAGUGAACAGGAAUUGAAAGGCAAGUCAAAAAAGAAGGAUGCGGAAAAGAGUAAGAGUGGCGACGAAAAGGAUGGUGAAAAGAGUCAAGCCAGUGCCUGUGAAGGAAAGGACACAAAGGAAAGCAAAGAGAAGGAGAAGAAGAAACGUAAGAUAAGGUUGGAAAUGCACAUGGAGCAAGUGUUCCUCGACACAGCCGACGCGUACGUGUGGAUAUACGACCCCAUGCCCUGGUACUACUGGCUCUGCGGGGCACUCGUGGUCUUCGGCACUAUCACUGUCUGCAUGUUCCCCUUGUGGCCAGCUACCGUACGAAAAGGUGUAUACUACUUAAGUAUCGCGGCAGCUGCGUUCCUAGUGAUGAUCAUAGCUCUGGCCGUACUCCGUGUUGUAGUGUUCUGUCUCGUGUGGAUACUAACACUGUCGAGACACCAUCUUUGGCUCUUGCCCAACCUGACCGAGGACGUGGGAUUCUUUGCUUCGUUCUGGCCACUUUAUAAGUACGAAUACCGUGGCCCCGGUUCCGAAAGCGAUAAAGCGUCGAAAAACAAGAAGAAACGCAAGAAAGACAAACAAUCAGAUGACGAAGCGGACGACAAAACGCCGCUCCUCACAGAAGGAACUGGCGACUCCGUUCAGCCAGCCGACACAACCACUGAUCAUGUGGGUGAUAAUAACGAUGUGCCCAGUCAGCAGCCCGAAACCAAAGAGGAACAGCCGGAGGUUCCCACAGCGGACAAACUGUCCGAAUCAGAAUCCGAGAACAGCCAGCGUUCGUCAACUGACAGGGACUUUGAGAUGGUGGAGCCUGGGGACAUAGAAGGGGGCGAUACACCGAAUCAAAAUCCCUAG